AUGGGUGGCUGCUUCUGCAUCCCCGGGGAGCGAAGUCUGUCCUGUGCCCCAGGUAAAGGAACUUCUUCCAAGGAUCCAACCAUAUUGAGUGAGUGUCUAUCCGCAACUGAAUAUAAGGAAAAAUGUUUUCUGCCACGGAACAUGACAACAGAUCUGACCCUCUCCUUCUGUGUGAAGAGCCGCUCCAGGAAGUGUGUAAAUGCACCCUUGCAGGAAGCCGCCCGGAGGCGGCUCUGGGCUCUGGAGAAUGAGGACCAGGAGGUUCGCGCACUGUUUAAGGACCUCUCAGCAAGGCUGGUGAGUAUCCAGUCCCAGAGGGCCCAGUUCCUCCUCACCUUCAAGACCAUGGAGGAAAUCUGGAAGUUCUCCACCUACCUGAGUUUAGGCUAUGUAUCCACAUGUCUGGAACAUCUCCUCUUUGACCACAAGUACUGGCUCAACUGCAGAUUGGUGGAAGAUACAGAGAUCCAAGUGUCUAUAGAUGAUACACAUCUGGAAACAAUAUAUCUGGGACUCCUGAUACAGGAAGGCCACUUCUUCUGCAGAGCCAUGUGCUCCGUGGCUCAGCCAGCUGAGAAGGAAGGGGAGUAUCUGACGCUUUGCAAGAACGAGUUAAUCUCAGUGAAGAUAGAUGAAGGCGGGUCUGAGUGGGAAGGCGUGUCCCUGGUGACGGGUCAGCGGGGUCUGGUGCCUGUGUCAGCUCUGGAGCCCCUGCCUCUCCCUUUCCACCAAUGGUUCCUAAAGAAUUAUCCAGGAAGCUGUGGCCUUUCCAGGAAGAGGGAUUGGACAGGCUCCUAUCAGAUCGGAAGAGGAAGAUGUAAGGCCUUGAAGGAUUAUCAGCAGGAAGAGAAGGAUGAACUGAGCGUCUGCCAGGGAGAAAGCAUUGAGAUCAUCGGCUUUGUCAUACCUGGGCUGCAGUGGUUCAUUGGGAAGUCAAUGAGCUCAGGAGAGGUGGGCUUUGUCCCCACCAGGAACAUAGAUCCUGAUUCUUAUUCCCCACUGAGCAAGAACUCUCCCUUUUUCAGUGAUGAGGAAAGAUGCUCCCUGUGGGCUUUGGGAAACGACAGUAAAGCUGAGUGUGUUAGCUUCCUUUGCACACUUGCACAUACUGACAUCACGUCUGUCUACCGACUUAGUGGGUUCGAAUCCAUCCAGAACCUUUCGAAUGACCUGAGUGCAUCCCAGACCGAAGGCUUUAAGGAGGCCAGGCCUGGCAGAGCCUGGGAGGAACGUCAGGCUGCGGGCUCCAGACAGUCCAGCAGCUCCGAGGACUCCAGCCCAGAGGAGGAGCUCCUCUCAGCCGCCUCGGACAGCUAUCACCUGCCAGAGCCUGAUGACCUCGAUGACCCAGAGCUGUUCAUGGACCUUAGCACUGGUCAGGAGGAGGAGGAGGCUGGGAACUUUGCUCCCAUAUUGGCUUUUCUGGAUCAUGAGGGUUACACCGACCACUUUAAGAGCCUCUACGAUUCCUCUUUCUCCUUCCUCACUUCUUCCUUUUAUAGCUUUUCGGAGGAGGACGAGCUUGUGGCCUACCUGGAGGCCUCGAGGAAGUGGGCCAAGAGGAGCCACCGGACCUGGGCCCACACCCGGCUCUGCUUCCUCCUGGGCCGGCUGAGCGUCAGGAAAGUCAAACUGUCCCAGGCCAGGGUGUACUUUGAGGAGGCCAUCCAUGUUCUCAGUGGGGCAUUUGAGGACCUUUCCCUGGCUGCUGCCCUGUACGUCAAUUUGGCCGCCAUCUACCUGCGGCAGAGGUUGAGGCAUAAAGGCUCGGCCCUGCUGGACAAGGCAGGUGUCCUGCUGGCCUGCCUGCCCGACCAUGAGUCCAGUGCCAAGAAUGAGCUUGAUGUGGUGGCCUAUGUGCUGCGCCAGGGGAUUGUGGCUGGCAGCAGCCCCCUGGAGGCCAGGGCCUGCUUUCUGGCCAUACGAUCGCUCCUGAGCCUCGGCCAACACGAGGAGGUCCUGCCCUUUGCUGAGCGCCUGCAGCUUCUCUCUGGACACCCUCCUGCCUCGGAGGCUGUGGCCACCAUCUUGAGUUAUCUAUAUGACAAGAAAUAUCUCCCACACCUUGCAGUGGCCUCUGUCCAGCAACGUGGUACCCAGAGUGCCCAAGGGAUGUCUCUUCCUAUUUGGCAGGCCCACCUGGUCCUCCAGAAUGCCUCCAAGCUCCUUCGUGUUCCCUCCCCAAACUGGGGAGAUGUUUCCAUCCUGGCCUGUCCGACUCUCAGGCAGGCACUGGUUGCCUGUGAGGAACAGGAAGACCAUAGCACCCAGAGGACACUGUGUCUCAUCCUGUCCAAAAUGUACCUCCAGCACAGGUCUCCUGAUGGUGCCAUCUACUACCUGAGCCAGGCCUUGGUGCUGGGGCGGCUGCUGGGUGAGCAGGAAGCCUUUGAGUCUUCUCUGUGCCUGGCAUGGGCCUAUCUCUUAGCCAGCCAGGCAAAGGAGGCUUUGGACAUUCUUGAGCCACUGUCUUGCUCCCUGAAGGGGACAGAGAAUUUCACCCAAAGGGGAGUGGUCCAUAACCUACUGGGACUUGCACUUCAAAGUGAAGGCCGGGUAAACAGGGCAACCAAGAGCUAUCUCUGGGCCCUGAACAGAGCCAGGGAGAUGGGGGACGUGCGUAACCAGGCAGUGACAAUGGCCAAUCUUGGCCACCUGACCCUUAAGUCCUGGGCUCAGCAGCCAGCCAGGGACUACCUCCUGCAGGCUGUUCGACUCUAUUCUGAACUGCAGACCAGCAAGGAGACGGACAUGGAAUUAGUACAGGUGCUUCUCUGGCUGGCCCAAGUUCUGGUGUCUGGACGCCAGCUGACCCAUGGCUGCCUUUGUUAUGAAAUGGCAUUGCUGUUUGGCUUAAAGCAUCGACACCUAAAGAGUCAGCUCCAGGUCACCAAAUCCCUCUGCCAUUUCUACAGCUCUGUGUCCCCAAAUCCUGAGGCAUGCAUCACCUACCACGAACACUGGCUUGCCUUGGCUCAGCAACUCAGGGACCGGGAGAUGGAGGGGAGGCUGCUGGAGUCCCUCGGGCAGCUCUAUCGGAACCUGAACACGGCCAGGUCCCUCAGGAAGUCCCUCACAUGCAUCAAGGAGAGCCUGCGUAUCUUCAUCGACCUGGGGGAGAGAGAUAAGGCCGCUGAGGCCUGGCUCGGGGCAGGGCGACUCCACUACCUCAUGCGAGAAGAUGAGCUGGUGGAGCUGUACCUGCAGGCUGCCAUCCAGACAGCCCUGAAGGCAGAGGAGCCCUUCCUGGCUCUCAAGCUCUACGAAGAAGCAGGUGACGUGUUCUUCAAUGGGACCCGCCAUAGGCAUCGUGCAGUGGAGUAUUACCGAGCUGGGGCUGUUCCUUUAGCAAGGAGGAUGAAAGUGAUGAGAACAGAGCUCCGGAUAUUCAACAAGCUGACGGAACUGCAGAUCAGCCUUGCAGGCUAUGAGAAGGCCCUGGAAUUUGCCACCCUGGCUGCCAGACUGAGCACAGUCACAGGAAAUCAGAAGGAGAAGCUGGUGGCCUUUCACCGCUUGGCUACAGUGUACUACUCCCUGCAUAUGUAUGAGAUGGCUGAGGACUGCUACCUGAAGACUCUGUCCCUCUGUCCACCCUGGCUGCAGAGUCCCAAGGAAGCCCUGUACUAUACCAAGGUGUAUUAUCGCCUGGGCCAACUCACCUUCUACCAGCUGAAGGAUGCCCACGACGCCACUGAGUACUUCCUGCUGGCCCUGGCAGCAGCGGUCAUGCUGGGUGACAAAGAACUGCAGGACACCAUUAGGAACAGGCUGGACACCAUCUGUCAGAGCCCCCUGUGGCACAGCAAUCCCUCCGGGUGUUCCUCGGAGAGGGCGAGGUGGCUGAGUAGUGGGGGCCUGGCCCUCUGA